UAUUACGGCGUUGACUUGCGGCACCGAAGACUUGAGACUAUAAUGCAAGGCAAUGCAAUGCAAUGCAAUACCCACCACCUAUAUGCAGCUGCAUCUUCGACUAUUUGUAUUUGGUGACCGAUCGCCUCCACUGUUUUUCUUCUUUCUCACGUUUGAAGAUCUCUUGGGGAGGGAGAUGAGGAUAUGAUAGGAUAUAAAACAACACGCAUACUAGGCCAGAGGUAUAUAUCGUUGAAUUCGUGGGUUGAUUGAUGGGGAACAAAAAUUCGAGUCCUAGGAGAUUCUCAUCAGCAGCAGCACCGUCGUUUGAUUAUGAUCGCCACGAGCAAGAGCAUGGUCAGCAGCGUUGGUACAGCAGCAGUCCUCACCAUCCAUUGCCCAGCUGGCACCACCGCCAUCAUAAUCAUUCUCCGGUGGGUUACAGCUACGCACAAUCCCCAGCCCCUCAACGCCGCAGCCUGGAUACAAAAUUCUCCAGAAUUGCUGAUAACUACCAGACCUUGGAAGAGGUUACAGCUGCACUUGCCAGGUCCGGCCUAGAGUCCUCAAACCUCAUCGUUGGCAUUGAUUUUACUAAGAGCAAUGAGUGGACAGGAGCCAAGUCUUUUAACAGGAAGAGCUUGCACCAUAUAGGAGGUGCGCUGAACCCUUACGAGCAAGCAAUAUCUAUCAUUGGGAAAACUUUGUCCGCUUUUGAUGAGGAUAACCUGAUUCCAUGUUUUGGGUUUGGAGAUGCAUCAACACACGACCAAGAUGUCUUUAGUUUCUAUCCUAAUGCAAGGUUUUGUGAUGGAUUCGAGCAAGUGCUUAGCAGAUACAGGGGUUUAGUCCCUCAACUUAGACUUUCAGGUCCAACAUCGUUUGCUCCCGUCAUUGAAAUGGCCAUGGAAAUUGUGGAGGAAAGUGGAGGCCAGUACCAUGUUCUGCUCAUACUUGCUGAUGGCCAGGUGACAAGAAGCGUCGAUACUCCGCGCGGCCAGCUGAGCCAGCAGGAGAAAAAGACAGUUGAUGCCAUUGUUAGGGCGAGUGAUUAUCCCUUAUCAAUUGUUGUUGUUGGAGUUGGAGAUGGUCCAUGGGACAUGAUGCAGGAAUUUGAUGACAACAUCCCCACUCGUGCAUUCGACAAUUUUCAGUUCGUCAAUUUCACAGAGAUAAUGUCAAAACAUGUUGAUCAAUCGAGAAAAGAGGCAGAGUUUGCUCUUUCAGCACUGAUGGAAAUCCCUUCCCAAUAUCAAGCUACACUAGAACUCAACAUAUUGGGUCAUCAGACUGGAAUUGCUCCUAACCGCGUUGCUCUUCAACCACCCUCCAGCCGAGUUAAUGCCAAUAGCGGAUAUAAAUCUCACAGUUCAAGCAAAUUCCAGAAAAAUUCUCCCCUUUCUCCUGAACAUGAAACGAUGUCACAGAAUGCCUCAUCCUCUGGCUACCAUUAUGACAGCAGGGUUUGCCCCAUAUGUCUUAGUAAUUCAAAAGACAUGGCAUUUGGCUGUGGUCAUCAGACCUGUUGUGAAUGUGGAGUAGACCUCGAAUAUUGUCCAAUAUGCCGAAGCAUAAUCACAACGAGAAUCAAGCUUUAUUCAUAGGCAUGUGCGUAGAUACUUGUCUUCAAGAAUUCUCAAGGCAUUGUGGGGUAGAAGGCUUUCUACCCUGAGCUCAAGGCUGGAUACAAACUUCAAGAUCCCUUUGUCAGGCAACAAGUAAGAUUAGAGCCUCCAGAAAAUGAGCAUUUCAGAUGAAGAUACUGGAUUUAAUUUCGUUCUGAGAUGGGAUCUCCACUGCAAACACUGGAUGCUUAUUGCUUGUGAGCUUUCAACCAUGAUAAUGCAUGAGAACACUGCGAGUUAGAUCACCACCCCAGUGUUUGAAUUUUUCAUUCUCUCUUCCACGCCAACAUAGAGAUGAAUGGGUGGUGUUCAAUUCACAGUGGGUUUGAUUGCAUAGUAUAGGUAUAGGAACCCUUUGUAUCAUGUGUGUGUAAAAAUACUCUCUAUAUCUAUUUUCAAUGUACACGGUAUAUGGAAUUUUAAUUGAGAA